CGUAGACAAUUUGUCAACUUCCAAUUUCAUGGUCAAACGAAAAGAUGAUUGCUUUUUUUCUGUCUAGACUAAGUUAGAAAUAAUUGCGCAAUAUUUGUAAACGAGCAUUGCCUUUUUUUUGCACUUAUUAUAUUUACUAGUGCAUGAAAACAAUUGAGAAACUGGGAAGAUAAGAUGGUUGUUUAUUCAAUGCUAAAAUUUACUGUUGAUGAAACUCUUGGAUAUAAAUACGGCAGCAAAACAAGAUGUUUUGUUAUUGUACGUUCAGCAGAGCAACUAGUAACUAUACAAAUUAUAUUGUACCGAAGUUUAAAAAAUACAAUUAUAAUGGAUCGUUGGUUCGGGAAAACAGCUAUUGUGACGGGAGCUAGUUCCGGAAUAGGGGAAGUGAUUGCGGAAUAUUUAGUGAAAGAAGGGAUGCAGGUUGUGGGUCUAUCGCGCCGGGUGGAACGAAUUCAAGCUAAUGCUGUUAAACUCGCUGAUAGUAAAGGAAAACUUUAUGCAUUUAAAUGUGAUAUUCGCAAUGAGGAGGAAGUCUGCAAAGCGUUUGAAUGGACAACUGCAAAUGUCGGUAUCGUUCAUGUGCUGGUCAACAACGCUGGCAUCAGCCGCCCAACUAAUUUAAUUGCGGGAGACGCUGAAAUGUGGCGGACAGUUCUAGAAACAAAUGUGUUGGGUCUUUGCGUAGCUCAAAGAGAAGCCUGCAAGCUGAUGAUGGCAAAUGAUAUUGCCGGGCAUAUUGUCAAUAUUAACAGUAUUGCAGGUCAAAGUCACCUAUAUUAUGCGAGCACCAAUGUUUACGGUGCAAGCAAACACGCCCUUACGAAUAUUUGUGAAAUGUUAAGGAGCGAACUAACUACCAAUAAAUCAAAAAUUAAAGUAACCAGCGUUAGCCCAGGAUUGGUGAGGACUGAAAUAAAUGAAUUGUAUUCUUUUCCGGAUGAAGUGGAAGCAAUGAAAGAUAUGCCAAUGUUGGAGCCCAAAGAUGUUGCAGAAGCAGUUCUAUAUACCUUGGGUACUUCUCCAUCAAUUAUGGUCAACGAAAUCACUUUGAGGCCGGUUGGAUCCGCAUUUUAGAAAUAAAAAAAAUUAUUUAUAUUUUAUUCCCUGAUUUUCUUGCACGUAUCAAUCGUAUUUACUGCUUUCAACUUCAUUCUUCUCAUAUGUAAUAUAUAUUCAAUUUAAAUAGUUGGUGGUGCGAAAAAUUUAAAGAAUUAAAAGGGACUCUAGUUUUAACCUACUUGAUGUUUAACUUGUGGAAGUGGCAAAUCAUUCGAGUGUGAACAAAAUAAAGUUUAUUAUUGUAAGUUAA